AUGGCUGUCAGGAACUCCAGUCUCGCCUCUUCUCGCCGCAAGUCGCGCGCCGCCCACUUCAACGCCCCCUCCAGCGAGCGCCGCGUUAUCCUCUCUGCUCCUCUCUCGAGCGAGCUCCGCGCCAAGUACAAUGUCCGCUCCAUGCCCAUCCGCAAGGACGACGAGGUCAUGGUCGUCCGUGGCAGCAACAAGGGCCGUGAGGGCAAGGUCACCAGCGUCUACCGCCUGAAGUGGGCCAUCCACGUCGAGCGCAUCAGCCGCGACAAGAGCAACGGCCAGAGCGUCCCCAUUCCCCUCCACCCCUCCAAGGUCGUCAUCAAGAAGCUCCACCUCGACAAGGACCGUGAGGCCAUCCUUGAGCGUGUUGGCAAGGGUCGUGAGGCCGUCAAGGCCAAGUCCGCUUAA